UGAAUGAAAGCGCUUUAGAUGAUAUGACGAAAUAAAAGAAUGCAUAAAGAAACACUUUAAACUUGCUACAAUAACUAUAACUUAUAGCUCAACUUUGUCUAACAUGUAAAACUGAGCAUGUCUAUCAAUGAAGAGAAUAAAAGCAAACCUACAUCUGUCCAAAAAAAAACAAUCAAAGUUAUAAGUAAGCGAGAUAAAGAUGAGUAUCCACGCGCUGAAAUAAAGGACGGAAAAUAUGUGUUACCCUGGAAAACAGAUGAAGUGGCACCUGACGUUUGGAAUCACCUAAAAUCAAUAUUUUCACUUGAUAGCAGCGAAGUACCAAAAGUAGAAAAAUUGAAUGAAGUGCCCUUAAUGCAACUUUCAAAACCUGAUCCUCAGCUCAUUGCAAACCCACCUGAAAAUGGUAUUCGUGUAACAUGGUUAGGUCAUGCAACUGCUUUAUUUCAAAUGGACAGUGUAAACAUAUUGAUAAAUCCUAAUUUUAAAGCAAAAAGCACGAAACGGUAUCGACCACCUGUUUACACUGUGGAACAAUUACCUCGUAUCGAUUGUGUAUUUAUUACGAAUACCCAUGUUGGUUAUUUGGACUUAUCUUCAAUAAAACAGCUCAUCGAUCGUUUUGGCGAGAUGCUUUUGUGGUACGUGCCUAUGGGUAUGUGUGAUUGGAUGACAAAAGCUGGUUGUGUCAACAUCGUAGAGAUGGACUGGUGGAAUGAAGAUGAAAUUCAUUUUAUUGAUCAGAGUACUAAAGAUAACGAAGAAGAAACAAAAACUACUGUGUUUAACAUUGCAUGUACGCCAUCACAAAGUUAUCACAACCGUAGUUUUGAUGAUGACAAUGCAGUAUUGUGGUGCAGUUGGGUCAUUCGUAGUCCUCGUUAUAAAAUUUUUAUAUCAGGAUCAACUGGUUAUGCUAACGUAUUUCAAUGUAUUGGUAAGAAAUACGGACCAUUCCACAUGGCUGCACUACCUAUCGGUGGUUAUGAUCCAAAAUCUAGAAAUGGUUAUAGCAACCUUACACCUGAACAGGCUAUACAAGUUCAUAAAGAUAUUUUUGCAGUGUGCUCAUUGGCAUUAUCUUGGGGAACAUUUACAUUUAGCAAUGAGCAUUACUUAGAACCCCCUCAGCGGUUAAAUGAAGAGCUAAAAAAGUCUAACAUGUCUGUUAUGCAGUUCUUCCUUCUCAAACAUGGUGAAUCUAGAAUUGUUGAAAUAAAGGAAACCGAUGGUGAAAAUAAUGAUAUAGCAAUUGGUUGCGCUAAUGAUUUGUCUUCUAAAAAAGUGAUCACUGAAGAUAACAUAGUAGAAAAAGUUGAAACUGAAUUACUACAGGAGUUAGUUGAUGACCAAGUUAACGAUGUACUAUAAGAAACUUACUAUAUCGAUGACAGCUGCGCAAAUCACCCUGAACUGUAACAACAUAUGAAAAAGAAAAACUAAUUUAGAAAUAGAAUAAUUGCACAAAUAUAAAUUCCUUUUUAUCUUUUAUAAUUGAAGUAGAAGCUUGUCGAAAAUAUUUUUCCUUUCCAACUGAACCAUGCAUAUUCAAGUGAUUAAGUUACUUAAAUUUUAGUUAUUUUAUUUGUUUUAUUAUUUUUAAAGCUUUCAUCUUUUUAACGUGUUCUUAAAUUUUAGUUUCUUUAUUUUGUCUAUUUGUUUGUUUAGUAAAGUUCAGUUAACUUUUGGGCAUUCAUGUCUCAGACAUAAAUUAACAUUUUUCAAUAUUGACAUUUGUUUCUAAAAUAUGAGAUAAUUAAAUUCAAACUUAUACUCGGUAUUUUGUCGAAAAUGACAUCUAGUUUAUUUGAAAUUUCAAAAGCAUUUCAUAAGUUCGGUCACCUUAGAAAAUAUACUUUUUGUUGUCAAAAAAAUAUUUUUAGAAGAAAAAGAAAAAACUGUUCAUUAGAUUUUAUUAUCAAAAACCAAACUAUUAUAAAUUAAUUAAUUAAAUAAUUAUCAUAAACAAAUAUUAGUCUUAAGAAAUAUUUUUCAACAAAGUUAUUAAUAAAAAGCAACACUUUUAUUGUUAUUAAUUUUGCUUUCUUUCCUGCUGAUUGAAGUUUUUGUCAUUUUGUUACGACGGCCAAAGGAAUUGUAUAUAAUUCAUAGGUGACCGAAUUUAUAGUACUUUAAAUACUUCACUAAUUUACAAACAAAAAGUGGUAUAUAAUUAAAAAUAACAACAUUUUUUUUUUUUACAAAUUAUGAACAAAAAGUAUUUAAUACACCAGCUAAAUAUGUUCAUUAUUUAAUGCACUGCACAUUGUAUACUGGGUAUUAUUAGUUUCGCAUUAAUCAAAUUAGUUUGGUUAUUCUAGCAAUACUGAUGUAAAAUUUAAUAGUUUCAUCCAAUA